AUGAGAGCAUACUGGUACGACAACGAAGCGGGCGAUCAACGCCAGCCCCACGACUCCGGCCGAGAAGUCCACGCGGAAUACCUGUCACAGCUCGGCGUCCUAUACUGCCGCUUCGCAGACGAGAAAGAUGUCGAUAAGCUGGCAGAAGAGAGGAGUUACAAGAACCGCGAUGUAAUUACCGUUUCUCCGGAGAAGAUGGGCGAUGUUUACGAGGAGAAGGUCAAGUCGUUCUUUCAUGAGCAUUUGCACGAAGAUGAGGAGAUUCGGUAUAUUAGGGACGGGGCUGGGUUCUUUGACGUGAGGAGUGAGGGCGACGAGUGGGUGAGGAUAUAUUUGGAGAAGGAUGACUUGAUUAUACUUCCUGCGGGGAUUUAUCAUCGAUUUACCACGGAUACGAACAACUAUAUCGUGGCUAUGAGGCUUUUCAAGGAGGAGCCAAAGUGGACGCCGCUGAAUCGUGGGCCGGAAGUCGACGUCAACCCAUUCCGUAAAGAAUACUUGCAGACUCGGCAGGCUAUUCCAAGCCAAUAG